ACACACACUCUCACGCACUCCCCGCCCACUCUCUCCCCUCACUACCUCGCCCAUCUCUCUGCUUGUCCCCAGCAGCAGCAGGAGGAGGCGACAGAUUCCAGCUCAGCGGGAGCGGCUCCUCCACGCGCAUCACAGGUGGCCCGCUUGGCCUGCGACGGAGUUCAACCUGACGAAAUGCAGCGCCUCUGACUGCAACAGCCAAUCACGCCCCGGAGUCGGGAAGUUCAAAAAACAAAUGUCGAGCCAUCGCUAGGCUCGUGAAACGAGGGCGUUUCAUCUCACCUGAAACUUUUCUCAAACUAAAUCCCUUAUUCGACAAAUUUUUUUUUUCAUUCUAACCAAUAUCCGAAAUGGCCAUAACGCACCUCCUUCCCUGCUGCUUCCUAUUGGCUGUUGAGCUGGCUGCGGGGACCCACGUGACCGCGGCCACCCAACCGGAGGGCGGCAAGAGGGCGGGACUUGUCGUGGAAUGGGCGGAGCCUUCGCUCGAUGGGGCGUGGCCUACCGGGAAGUGGGCGGGCCCCCAGGGCAAAUGGGCAGGGUUUGCCUUUGACGGGGCGGGGCCUGUGCCGGAAGAAGGCGUUGGGCCUACCCACGAUGGCGGACCCAGGAGGCGGAUCCCGAGGAGCUGGGUGUGGAACCAAUUCUUCGUGGUGGAGGAAUACACGGGCACCGAGCCGAUCAAAGUCGGACGGGUUCACCUGGAGGCUGACCAGGGUGAUGGCUCCGUGCGCUAUGAGCUGUGGGGGGAAGGAGCUGGGACCGAGUUCACAGUGGACACAAGCACGGGGGAGGUGUUCGUGAUGCGGCGUCUGGACCGCGAGGCACGUGACCGCUACCGGCUCCAGGCGCGUGCCAAGGACGCGGAGACGGGGCGGGCGCUGGCGGCUCCGUCGGACUUCGUGGUGACCGUGCAGGACGUGAACGACAACGAGCCGCGGUUCGUGGGCAGGCAGCCCUACUACGGCACGGUGCAGGAGAUGGCCAGUGCAGGUACACUGGUGAUGCGCCUCGAAGCCACGGAUGCCGACGACCCUUCGUAUGGGAAUGCGGCGAAGCUGGUGUACACGCUGCACGAGGGGGGAGAGUAUUUCAGCAUCAACGCCAGCACAGGCGAGCUGCGAACUCUUCAGGGGGACCUGGACCGCGAGGCAUUGCCAUGGCUACGCGCCGUGGUUACGGCUCGCGACAUGGGCGGCCUGCAGGGGGGGCUCGUUGCCACGGCGACCGUGAGCGUCACCCUGGGAGACGUCAACGACAACCCGCCACGCUUCACCAACGCCUCCUUCGAGUUCCACGUGCGAGAGGGCGCCGCCCUGGGUGAGGAACUGGGCAGGCUCGGGGCCACGGACCCGGACGAGGGCCCCAACGCGGAGGCGGCGUUCCGCGUGUUGCCCUCGCCCUCCUCACUGUUCUUCCACGUCCACACGGACCCCGCCUCCAACCAGGGCGUCGUGACCCUCGCCCAGCGGCUGGACUACGAGAGACAGAGCUCUCACGCGCUGCGAGUCCAGGUGCUGAGCGCGUCGCGCCCCCAGGGCGUGCCCGUGCCCUGGGGGCCCCCGCACGAGGCGGCGCUGCUGGUGGUGGUGGGCGACGAGGACGAGCCGCCCGCAUUCUCGGCGCCUCGCUACCGCUUCCACGUCUCGGAGGCGGCCAAGCCGGCCACGGCCGUGGGCUCCGUGACGGCACGAGACCCCGACCACGCGCGACGGCCCAUCCGGUACCGCGUGGAGGGAGCCGGUGUGUUCGAGAUGAACGCGGUGAGCGGGGAGCUGAGCACGCGGGAGACUCUGGACCGGGAGACAACUCAGCUGUACAACUUGAGCGUGUGGGCCUACGAGGAAGGUAUGCCAAGCCAGGACAGCCGUGUCUGGGUUGAGGUGGUGGUGACGGACGUCAACGACAAUGCCCCGCAGCCCAAGCCUACAGUCGCUCACACGUGCGACAUCGUCACCGAAGGGCAGGAGCUCGCGCUCCUAGGAGCCGUCGACCGGGACGAGGCUCAGAACGCGCGGCCAUUCAACUUCUCGUGCAGAGACGCUCACCCCAACAUCACGCUCCGGGACAACGGAGACGGCACGGCGAGUUUGCUGUCGCGCGUCUCCGGUCAUCUGGCCGUGUCCCCGCUGUCCCUGCUGGUGCUCGUCACGGACUCGGGCUCGCCGCGCCUCACGGGCUCGGCCCUCGUCCUCCUGCACUCGUGCCCGUGCCGUGGUGACGGUGACGGCGGCGGUGACGGCACGGGCACGGGGCCCCACGCGUGCCCCCUGCCGGGCUCCGGUGGGCCUGCAGGGGGCCGCGCGUGGAGCUCGCGCCGCGCGGGUCUCAGCCCGCAAGCGAUCGCGGCACUCGUGGGCAGCGUGCUCCUGCUCACGGCCCUCGCGCUGCUCCUGCUGGCGCUGCGUCGCCGCUGCGCGGGGCCGCUGCGCUCCGACUGCACGGACGUCGCGAGCGACGAGGGCGCCAUCGUGCGCGACAACGUCGUCAGCUACGACGACGAGGGCGGCGGCGAGGAGGACACGCGAGCCUUCGACGUGAGCGCCCUCGCCGCCCGCUCCCCCCGCUGGCCCCGCCCCCCUCGUCCGCCGUCGCCGGCGGCCGCGCCGGCGCCGCUGGCGCGGCCGUCGGCGGCGGCUCGGCGGAGCCCGCGGGCGGCCCGGCCGCCCGGCGCCGGCGUGUCGGCGCUCGUGGCCGAGCGGCUGCGCCGGGCGGACGGGGACGAGGCGGCCCCGCCGUACGACUCGGUGCAGGUGUACGGCGACGAGGGCGGGGGCUCCGUGGCCGGCUCGCUCAGCUCCCUCGGCUCGGCUCGCGACGGCGACGACGGCGACGGCGGCGACGGCGGCGACGUACGAGGGGGGUCCCGGCGUCGGCGCGACGCGGCGGGACGCUACGACUACCUGGACGAGUGGGGGCCGCGCUUUGAGAAGCUGGCGCGGCUGUAUUCGCAUGGCAGCGAUGUGGAGGAUGACGACGACGACGACGAGGACGACGACGAUGACGACGGUGGUGGUGGUGGUCUGAAUUAUUAAUUUCCUUUUUAUUUGGUGACAUCUUGGCGGGGCGGGGUGGGGGGGGGGGGUUGGGGGGGAAGGUUUACUUUUGUAAUAUCGCGAGCAAUAAUAUCCGUGAUAAAGUGGAUUCGGCGGUGGUUUUUUAAUCUUUUAUUUUUUUUUU